UGUAGCCAGAGUUUCUGGUCUGAAGAGAAGUGGCAAGAGUUGCAGGUUGAGGUGGCUGAACUAUUUGCGUCCCAAUAUAAAGCAUGGCCAUAUCAGUGCUGAAGAGGAAAAGAUCAUCCUACAACUUCAUGAGCGAUGGGGCAACAAGUGAGAGUGUUCCAUCAUCUUGGAUUUUCUUUUUCAGUUUUCCUUCUCUAAAGUCUAGCAUACUUUUCUGCAGAUGGUCAAUGAUUGCACGAAGAUUGCCAGGGAGAACUGAUAAUGAGAUCAAGAACUACUGGAGAACUCAUUUAAGAAAGAAAGCUCUAAUUCAAGAGCAAGAAAAUUUUCAAUUUGGAAGAGACAAUGGCAAACAACUUUUCUUGUUUCAAGAAGAUGGGAGCAGUGCCCAAAAUUACAAUGGUGAAAGCUACAAGCCUUGUAAGGAUAUUUUGGAUACAGAAAACAGUUGUUAUGAUGUUGUUGGGCUGUCAGAUUUCACUCUUACAAGCUCACCAUAUCAAACGCGGUUAUCAGAUUUGAUACCAGAGUUUCCAAGUGAUCAAAGUGAAAUAAAAUCUCAGGAGGACUGUAAUAGUUCGGAUUCACGCUACUGUUAUCCAGCAUGGAUUUCCGAGGAGAAUGAUUUAUGGGGCUGUUCAGGCUCCCUCUGGAACAUGGAAUAACAUAAACACUGUUAAUGUGAAUAUGAAGAGGCUUGGAGAAUGUGAAACAGAAACAUUUUGCAUAUCAUUCAUUACUGCAUUAUCCCUAAAUGUACUUGUUUAUAUAUACACUGUUCUCCAGGACUGAAUUCAGUAACCUUUGAUCUAUGUACAGAUUCAAAAAUC